AUGAAUUACGAAUACUUAUUCAAAUAAAAUCAUGGAUAUAUCAUUAAAGUAAAAAAAUUAAGUUACUAAGUUAAUAGUUUGAAAUCGUUCAGUUUCCACUUAACAAAAAUUGUUUUCCUGUAAUUGACAUAUUUAAUAAGAACUAAACAAUUUAAACUUCAAAUUAUGAGACUUAUUCCUAAAAAUAACAUAUCCAUUAAUUGUGGUUAAGUUAAAGGGAAGAAGAUUAAAACCUAACCAUCUAUAUACAUUCUAAAAUGGAAUAGGUUUACAAAAGUAUUAACGAAACUGACUCAAAAAUGAGUUUUAAGUUAAUUAUAUACGAUAAUGUAAAAUAAAAAGUUAAUUCUAAUUAGAUUGAAUAAUUAAAGGAACCAAAAUGCAAAUUUCCAGCUUAUGGUUUGUAUUGUGAUUAAUCUGUUAAUUUUAUUGAUGUUGACUUACUUGUUUAAAUUAACUUGAGUAGAUAGAGUUGGUUUUUUGCAUAUUAUCAAUUGAAAAAUUUGGAUUACAUUGUAAGAUGAAUAUUGAUAAGAAUAGUUGAAAAUAUCUAAUUCCAAUUCUCUUAUGGGAAUUUCGAUUAUCUCUGGUGAUUAUGAAAAAUUUGCUUAAUAACCUAACUUUUUUUCAGGAUAUUAACUAAUAGAUAAGAAAUAGAAUGUAAAUAUUAAUUUAAAGAAAUACUUUUAAAAUAUAAAGGAUUUAAAUGAAUACAUAAUAUAUAUUGGAGUAUUCAAUGAGAAUUUGGACAGAGAAAAUAAUCUGAUAUUAGAAUUGAAGUAAUUUUAAAUAAUAAAACUAGUAAAAUAGAAAUUGAUGAAUUUCCAAUUUGGGCAAUUUUAACAAUAUGUGGAGUAAUCUUAUCAGGUAUAAUAGUUUCAAUUUUUAUUUAUUACUCAUAUAAAAAGCAAUAUUAAAAGAUUACUUAUGUAAAACCUGUAUUAGAGGAAGGUCAUUUGAAUAAAUACAUGCCUGCUUAAAAAAUGUUAUAAGAAUAUUUAUCGAAGGAAUGCUCGAUUUGUUUGUUGCAAUUUGAGAAAAAAGAAAAAUUUAGAAUAACUCCUUGUAAUCAUAUAUUUCAUGAUUAAUGCUUAUAAGAUUGGACAAAGAAAAAUAGUUAAUGUCCAUUAUGUAGAUAAGGAUUGAAAGAAGAAGAUAUUUAACAAUUUUUUACUAAGAUUCAUAGUAACAAUAAUGAAUCUUAAAGAGGUAUAAAUAAAAAGCCCUCUGUUUAAUUUAUUGCAUUAACAAACUCUGAAUACACUUAUUAGAAUGGAAACAAAUCUGACAAUUCUCCAUCAAAUAAUUUCUGCAUGAGCAAUUCUGGGAGGUAAAUGAGCAUCUAGAUUAUUCGUGAUGAGAUAUUGGAAUGA